AUGCACUAUGCAGAUAAAGCUCCAAAGGGCGACGCAGCCUUGCGCGUUAUAUCCAUGCAAAAGCUCAUCGACGGUGACAAGGAAACAAGCAUUCAACUGUUCAAAGCAUGUACUGGACUAGGUUUCUUUUAUCUCGAUUGUCGUGAGGUUGCAUCCGGGGGCCUUAUGAAGGAGGUCCAGUCAAUGUAUGAACUCGCGACCAGUUUCUAUGACCUGCCUCAAGAGGAAAAGUUGAAAUGGUUCGUUGAUAGAGACCAUGAUGCGGAUCUGGUAUUUGGAUAUAAGCCUGCUGGACACGGUAAUGGGCCGGUUCAAGGAAAGAAGGACGGCUUUGAAGGAUCAAUGUUGAUGGAACGACCAAUUUUACGUAUUAAGGACCCUGCGACAUUUCCGGGUCCUGAAGUCAUCGCCUCCCGGCUUGACCAACUGAAAGCAGUUAUGGCCAGCUUCCGGGAGAUUAGCAUACUUCUUCUUUCUCGCCUCUCUACUGCCUUGGGCUUGGAUGAGAGCCAAGCCUACGAGCAAUACCAUCGCAAGAAUGCAGUUUGUCCGACCGCUCUAGGCCUGUUGAAAUACACGAUUGCAGAUGAAGAGCCCAACAAAGUAGGCCAGAUCGCCCACACAGACGCCGGCAGUCUGUCUAUAGUAUUCACUGAAGUCGCCGGUCUACAAGUCCUCAAGCCUAAGGAAGAGGAGUGGUACUGGAUUCCGCCCAAGCAUGGGCAUGCAGUGGUCAAUGUCGGAGAUGCCUUGCGGUUUAUAUCUGGCGGCGUCCUUGAGUCUAGUCUUCAUCGCAUCAUCCCCCACAAGGACGAAAAGAUCAGACAAAAGUAUUCCAUUGUGUACUUGCUACGCCCGGAAAUGGAUUCCGAGUUCACUGAUGCUGAAGGAAAGACGUGGAAGGGCUUGGAGUGGACUAACAAGAAACACGCCGUGUUUCGUGCGUCUGAAGAGGAGCAAGCGGAGGGAACCUACCUUACAGGAAGGGAUGGAUAUGUUGGGCACUGGGACCCUGAUGUAGACAGGGAGGCGCAAGAGAUUGCUGCUGUAUAG